AUGGCGAUUAAUCUGCAGUCAUUGAGAGUCCCAGUGAGCUGGCAAAUUGGGAGAUUGAUUACCCUACUAACCUGGAACCGAGGGAUACCCGAUAAUGCCCUUAUUUGCCAGGAGGGCAGAAAACCACCUACAAAACUCGGGCCUACCUCACUCUCCCACCAGUGGGGGCCUCACAGUUACUUCCAGAUCUUGCGUGCUUGGCCCAACCAACUACUGAGCAGCAGCAUUGAGUCGGAUGCCGCACACCACUCCCAGACUGUCACGCAGCACCUACCAACCGACCCCGUGGGAGUCGCAACAGAGCCAGCACCAUUAUGGGGAGAAGAUCCCAAAAAUCUCAAGCGAGUUCAAAGAUACCCAGGAUAUUGGGGUCCUGCUGCAGUGUCCUGUGAGCAACAAAAUGGCGACCAAGCUUGA